AGAGUCAAAUCAUUUCAUUCAAGUCAGCUUCAGCAGCAUAGAUAAUAUACCUCCUGAUAUACCGAUCAGCAGUCAGAUUCGAUUUCUUGGUUCAGAAUUUUGAAUUUUCAUUUAAUUGCUUGUUUUCAGUAUUAGUGUUUUGUUAUUUUUAUUUUGGCUACCGACCGUCAUUAUCUUAUUAUGCUUUCAUUCUAAUUUCUGUCAGCGAGAUAUCUUUGUAACCGGUGAAUUUACAAGCCAAAAUAAUGAAUGACAAUGGUUGCAUACACCUAAAUAAUUUUAAGGCUGCUAAAGGCACUAACCCAUAUAAAAUCGUACAUGCAUUUUUUGUUUCCUGUACGUCGUAUGAAGCACGGAGAUACAAGGCAACAUCCUGUCUCUGCUUUGCUUGUGGCCAGCCUGGACCUCGUAUGCAUUCAUGUCUCCACUGUAUCUACUUUGCAUGCUAUGCUGGUCAUAUUCAAGAACACUCCAAAUCUAAGAAACACUUCCUGUAUGUUGACCUUAGCUAUGGAAAUGUCUUCUGUGCCCAAUGCCAAGACUACAUUUAUGAUAGGGAGCUUACUGAGAUCGCUGCAAUACAUAAGGCAAAGGAGGCUAAGUCCCUUGGUAUAAGCAUACCUUUUAUGCCAUGGUUACCAAACCAUAAUGAAGCAAUGGCUCUUCGUCGCCUACGUAAACGGCGCCUUAUCAGUCCUCAUACUACAAUAGGUUUACGGGGCUUACAGAACCUAGGAUCAACAUGCUUCAUGAACUGCAUUGUUCAGACACUAAUUCACACUCCACUCCUGAGAGAUUAUUUCUUAGCAGAAAAACACAAAUGUAAGUCGCAAAGUUCUAGCAAAUGCUUGGUGUGUGAAGUUUCCAAACUAUUUCAGGAGUUUUACUCUGGAGCAAAAACACCGCUGACUUUGCAUCGUCUAUUACAUUUAAUAUGGACUCACGCCCGUCACUUGGCUGGAUAUGAGCAACAGGAUGCUCAUGAAUUCUUCAUUGCCACUCUUGAUGUGCUGCAUAGACAUUGCAUGAAUGGAGUAGAAGAUACAGAAAAAAAGGAAAAUGGGCGUUGUAAUUGCAUUAUUGAUCAGAUAUUCACCGGCGGAUUACAAAGCGACGUCGUGUGCACCUCCUGCUCUGGAGUCUCCACGACCAUCGAUCCAUUCUGGGACAUCAGUCUUGACGUGGCCGGGCCGGGUUCCCUGCAAGCCUGCUUGGAACGCUUCACCAGAGCCGAACACCUGGGCUCGGCGGCGAAAAUAAAAUGCUCCAACUGUCGCGCCUACCGUGAGUCUACCAAGCAGCUGACGUUAGAGACUUUGCCGAUCGUAGCGAGUUUCCACCUCAAACGUUUCGAGCAUUCGUCUCAGAUCGAUCGGAAGAUAUCCGCCUUCGUAUCGUUCCCGGCUGAAUUAGACAUGACUCCGUUUAUGUCGUCGCAUCGUCGUGCCGUCGACGUGGGCGCGGCCGAGAACAAUAACACGCCGGAAGGAAUGUUCGAGGACAACCGGUACUCUCUGUUCGCUGUCGUCAAUCACUUGGGAUCGCUGGACGCAGGACACUACACGGCAUACGUCAGGCAAAUGAAAGGAAGCUGGUUCAAAUGCGACGACCACAUGAUCACUAGGGCGUCACUUCGAGAAGUUUUAGAUAGCGAAGGAUAUCUUCUGUUUUAUCACAAGACUGUGUUGGAGUAUGAAUGCGACGUUUCUUAAAAGCUUUUGUUAGGGAGCUUAUUAUUACUAUUAUUCUAAAUCAUGUAUCUGUCUGAUGGUUACGCAGUGUAUCCAUCGUUUCUUUGACGUUAUUGUACGAAGGGAAACGUAUAACUUUUUGGACAUUAUGUAAGAAAAAAAAGUCAUAUUUUCUAGUGAUAUUAGUACAUAGAUGAUAAAAAGUCUCGAUAAUCCUUAUAUUUAAUUUUGCCCUGCAAAAUUAUUUACGAAUUUGUUAGUUUGUAAGCUUUAAUCUAAACGUACGUAAUUUAUGUAGUGACUGAAAAUUAUUUGCUAACAGCAAGAAAUUUAUCUGCCGUUAUGAGGAACAAAUCUUUUAUGAAUCUUAAAUAAAUUUAGCUUCCUGUUGCGUUUAAAGCAGCUUAAAACAGUCAUAGGUGCAGUUUUUAAAGUAACAGUAGUAUAAACAUUAUCUGCAUAACCUUACCUGUUCAAUAAAUGUAUUUAAA